CAAAUAUUGCGACAGUGACGUAUUCCAUAACGUUGUUACAAACAAAAUGGCGUCCGGCAGUGGGUCCAGUGGUGGUGGGGGAGGUAAUAGCAGCAAGAAUGAUUUUCGCCGAAAGUGGGACAAAGAUGAGUAUGAACAACUGGCUCAAAAACGUCUCGAUGAGGAGAGGGACAAAAAAGAUGGCAAGCCAGCGCCCCCAGUCAAGCGGGAGCUCCUGCGACACAGGGACUACAAGGUGGACCUCGAGUCCAAGCUGGGUAAAACCAUUGUUAUCACCAAGACCACACCACAGGCUGAGAUGGGCGGGUACUACUGCAAUGUGUGUGAUUGUGUUGUGAAGGAUUCCAUCAACUUCUUGGACCACAUCAAUGGCAAGAAACACCAGAGGAAUCUGGGGAUGUCCAUGCGCGUAGAGAGAUCCUCAUUGGACCAGGUGAAGAAACGAUUUGAAGUUAACAAGAAGAAGAUUGAGGAGAAGCAGACGGAGUAUGAUUUUGAAGAGCGCAUGAAAGAGCUUCGAGAAGAGGAGGAGAAAGCAAAGGCAUACAAGAAGGAGAAGCAGAAGGAAAAGAAGCGUAAAGCAGAAGAGGAUCUUUUCGAGGAGGAUGAUGAAAUGGCUGCUGUGAUGGGAUUCUCAGGGUUUGGUUCCUCAAAGAAAGGCAAAUGACCUAAAGACUUUCUGCAUUUCUUUACACUCUACGACCUUUCCCUUUGUGGCUGAUCACAAAGUAAACUUUGCUGUCUAUAGUAUUCUAUUAGCCUGUUCCCUGAUGUGUUUUAGCCAGCUAUUUGUUGUCCUGAGCACGAUAAAAGGGUUGGCUAUAGAUCAAACUGUUCUGCUACCAGGUUGGUAUUCUAUGAUGCAUCAUAUCCCCAAAACCCCCAUUCUAUUCCAAAACCAGCCCCUCAAAAAACUAAACACAUGCUGUACAUAGACACAGUCUGAGGAGUCCCUGAAACGGCUAGGUUUGUGGUUGAUAGAAUGGGAUAACAUGUCAUAGUAAUACAAUUAGUAAUUUAUUGGGAUUUUUAUAUCCGAAUACAAGGGUAAAUGUCCACUGAGAUGUUUUAUUUUAUUUUUUAUUUUAUAUAAACUUACAACAGGUUACCAUUGACCCUUUGAAGCUUAUUUUGUGUGUUCAUUUAUGUCAGCAUUCCACUAGUUGCACUACCUAUAUUUUCUGUAGUGUUUUAGCGCAAAUAUAGUGGAUGUUUAAGUUUCAUCUGCUAUCAAAUACAUCAGUUAUUGGACAGUGCAUUUAAUUUAAUUUGCCUUUUCAACUGUUGGGCCCCCAAAUGACAACCUCACAACUAAAUGCUUCCCUAGUAAAUGUCACCUAGAAACAUGGGGCAAUUGUGUGUGUAGUAGUGUUUGCCUUACUCAAGACAUCUGUGAUUCAUACAAUAAAUUGUUUGACUUUGUAAA